AUGCCGGUACGCCCUUUGUCGUUUGAUGCUGCAAUAAAAUAGUGCAUAUGACAUACCUAUACAUACAAAUGUAUAUAUGCAUGUGUAGGUGUGUGUGUGUAAAUGUCGCUAACAUAAAUAAUUGAUGGGCUAAAGAACAAAAACGACGAAGCUGCAUGGAACCUGUGUCGUUCGAACUUAUUUGAGAAUAAUAUCAGUUUGGCGUCAUUUUGCUGCCCUACUCAACUGUCUGGACUACGCACUUUGUCUCACCACUCACCAACUUAGUCUUACCUUUUCCCUAAUCCCAACAGAUUCAAUUAACAAUUCUCUCAAAGAGAAAAACACAUUAACAUGCCGAAUUGCGAGCAAGAAGGCUUCCACUACAACUACAGCAAUGACGAGAGUGAUUCCGACGAAGCAGAGGAGGAGGAGGAGGUAAUUAAUCCGGCGAGCUUGGACGGCGGUUGCUGUUCCCGACGCCGCGAGUGGCGGUUCUGGGGUAAGGUUUUGGACCCUAGAGCGACGUGGGUGCAGGAAUGGAACAGAUUGUUCCUCUUAGUUUGCGCGGUGGGGCUCUUCGUGGACCCCUUGUUCUUCUACACCCUCUCCAUAAGCGAGAGCUGCAUGUGCCUCUUCGUCGACGGCUGGUUCGCCGUCACCGUCACCGUCCUCCGCUGCAUGAUCGACGCCUUGCACCUCUGGAACGUCUGGCUGCAGUUCAAGAUGAACCGCUGCCCCGACCGCCGAAUGCAUGACCCCGCCACCGUCGCCUUGAAAUACUUCAAAUCGCGCAAGGGCUUCACUUUUGAUCUCUUUGUCAUCCUGCCGUUGCCUCAGAUUGUAAUUUGGGUUGUAAUCCCGAAGCUUCUAGAAAGAGGAUGGACGACGGUGGUGAUGACGGUGUUGUUGGUAAUGUUCGUGUUCCAAUAUUUGCCCAAAAUCUACCAUUCAGUGUGUCUGCUCCGCCGUAUGCAAAAUUUCUCUGGCUACAUUUUUGGCACUGUUUGGUGGGGCAUUGCUCUCAACAUGAUCGCCUACUUUGUUGCAUCUCAUGCUGUAGGAGCAUGCUGGUAUUUGCUAGGCAUCCAACGGGCUGCAAAAUGCUUGAAGGAGCAAUGCAUGGUCACCAAGAGUUGCGAUAUAACAAUGAUGGCGUGCCAGGAUUCGAUUUACUAUGGAACUAAAGAUCUCAUCAGUGAUAGAACAAGGUUCAUUUGGGGUGAGAACAGACAUGCAAGGUCUUCAUGCCUACAAAAUUACGACAAUUUCGACUAUGGUGCUUAUAAGUGGACUGUUCAGCUCGUUACCAAUAACAAUCGUCUCGAGAAAGUAUUGUUUCCGAUAUUUUGGGGACUCAUGACUCUAAGUACUUUCGGGAACCUAGAGAGCACAACUGACUGGCUAGAAGUGGUGUUUAUUAUAAUUGUCCUCACCACUGGACUUCUGCUGGUCACAAUGUUGAUUGGUAACAUCAAGGUUUUCUUGCACGCGACUACGUCGAAGAAACAAGCAAUGCAGCUGAAGAUGAGGAACAUAGAGUGGUGGAUGAGAAAGAGGCGGUUGCCGCAGGCGUUCAGGCAGAGGGUGCGCAACUACGAGAGGCAGCGGUGGGCAGCAAUGCGCGGAGUUGAUGAAUGUGAGAUGACUCGGAAUCUUCCAGAAGGGCUUAGGAGAGAUAUCAAAUAUCAUCUUUGUUUAGAUUUGGUGAGGCAGGUGCCAUUGUUCCAGCACAUGGACAAUCUCGUCCUCGAGAACAUAUGUGACCGUGUCAAAUCCCUCAUAUUUACAAAGGGAGAAACCAUAACAAGAGAAGGAGAUCCGGUGCAGAGAAUGUUGUUCAUCGUUAGAGGGCAUCUCCAGAGCAGCCAAAUGCUGCGCGAUGGGGUGAAGAGUUGUUGCAUGCUCGGCCCCGGGAACUUCAGCGGAGAUGAGCUGCUCUCGUGGUGUCUCAGAAGACCUUUCGUUGAGAGGCUUCCACCGUCUUCCUCCUCACUUGUCACUCUCGAAACCACAGAGGCCUUCGGGCUUGAAGCAGAGGAUGUCAAAUAUGUUACUCAGCACUUCCGCUACACAUUUGUGAACGAGAAAGUGAAGAGGAGCGCGCGCUACUACUCUCCUGGAUGGCGAACCUGGGCUGCUGUUGCCAUUCAGCUCGCGUGGAGGAGAUAUCGACACCGUCUCACACUCACUUCCCUCUCUUUUAUAAGGCCGAGGAGGCCAUUGUCGAGGUGCUCUUCGCUUGGAGAAGACAGGCUUAGGCUUUACACAGCUUUGCUCACCUCCCCCAAGCCUAACCAGGAUGAUUUUGAUUUUUGAUCAUCUUGUGCUUUUAUGUUUCUUACAAUUUUGUUUGAUUCCUACUGUGUGGAUUGUUUCAUUACAUCAUUAUUCUUCAACUCAUUCCCAACAGAUUCUGGCAA